AUGGUCUGCAUGGCUGGACAUUUUAAAAUGGCUUCUGUGCUGAAGCUAAUGAUGGAAAAUCAUGCCACACCUGAUGAGGUGAUUAAUGAGAAGGGUGCUUCACAUAUCCUACACAAGCAACUUCUUAGCGCACAUGAACCAAAUUUGCUUGAUGAAGAUGAUAUGCAUAUAUUCGGAUCAAAACCUAUGGCUGAUCCAUUGGACCUGGUCCGCUGUGAUACAUGCCAGAAGCCUGUUAAGGCCAGCCAUUAUGCACCUCAUGCAGAGCGAUGUAGCUCAGGGAAGGUGAACCCAAACGAUUCGAUGGGUGUAGAAGACGAUGUUCAUCCUAUGAAGCCUCCAAAGAAGGGCAGGAAAAUAAAGCUGACAAGCAAUGGAAAUCAAAAGGUACAUAUAAAAGUGAAAUUAAAGUCUCAGCCUGAAAAUAAGAACAUAGUCAAUGACUUUGAGUUGACCAAUGGAAACGAGAGCAAACAUUUAAAUUCUAUUGCUGAUCAAAGGUUCAAAACACCUGCCAUCAAUGCUCCUGAAAGUCGUUUUAGAGAUGUGCCAGCUCCUCUUGCUACAAAAAUGUAUCAUUCACGGGGAAACUACCAGCUUCGAUUGGAGCUUGCUCAGCUUUACCGUGAAUCAUGCGCGGAGCAGUCACACAGCUAUGCAAGUAAUACAACUGCAAACUCGUCACAGAAUAAUGGGUUGGUACCAUGUGAUAAUUCAACAUUACAUGGUUCUGAUGAUUCGGCAUUACAUGGUUCUGAUAAUUCAGUAUUACAUGCUGCUCGGAACAGCAGCACUCCUCAAAAAAAGCUUCUAGAUCAGCUGCCUGCAAGCACAUCAGGGUUGUGCUCAGGAAUCUCUCCACAAUUAUCAUCAAGCGGGCCAAGUCGUCUGCAGGCAACAAAAGCUCAGAGAGCAGACACUCCAGUAUCUGCAGUUAGAAAUGAAUUGGGAAGAAGCAGGUGCAACAAAGCGGCAGUUCCUUCUUCAAAAACCACAGGCAAAAAGAAGACGCAGAAGCAAUCUAACGCUCUACCUGCAAGCUAA